AAUUGACAGUGUUACUUUCACUUUCCCCGGGCGAACGCUGCGAGCCGAGCGCAGGUUUAUCGAUUCGGAAUAAAAUCAGAUUUCUUGUAACACCGUUCUACGGAAAAGCCACGAGACAAAACCGCGACUCUUUGAUCGCCAGAAUUAGCUGCGCAACAUGCGUGAGAAACGGGACCAGUCAAUGACCAUGUAACUGCCCCAGCCAAAGGGGUGAAGUCUGGCCACACCCAGGAGAUUUUAAACUUCCCAGAAGAUCCAACCAGAUCAAGUUACAGUGAAGAUGAAGUAUCAGAAGGGGUUGCCGUGUUAGUCUGGUUCUGUAAAAGCAGCAAAGAAUCCUGUGGCACCUUAUAGACUAACAGACGUUUUUGCAGCAUGAGCUUUCGUGGGUGAAUACCCACUUCUUCGGAUGCAAGUGAAGAUGAAGCUGCUUUCAUUCUGUCCUAGCUCUGCAGUGAGCACCUCUAUGCCUGAUUUGAUCAUUUUCUUCAUUAUUUAUCACAUUCACAAGUUGGAAUCAGCCCAGUUCAAUGUGACCGGUCCUGGUCACCCUGUCACUGCUGUUGUGGGUGAGGCCACUGUGUUACCCUGUCACCUGUCCCCCAGGAUGAGCGCUGAGAACAUGGAGGUGAGAUGGUUCCGAUCUGAUUUCCUUUCAUUUGUGCACCUGUAUCAGCAUGGGAAGGAUCAAUACGGGAACCAGAUGCCAGACUAUCGUGGAAGGACAGAGCUUUUGAAAGCUGGCAUCACGGAUGGGAAUGUUUCCUUGCAGAUUCUUAAUAUCAGACGCUCAGAUGAAGGACAAUACAACUGUUUUGUUCAAGAUGGUUCUUUUUAUGAAGAAGCCCCAGUGGAACUGAAGAUAGCAGCUUUGGGCUCCAAUCCUCUCAUCUCUGUGGAGAGCCACCAGGAUGGAGGGAUCCGGGUGGUUUGUCAAUCGGCUGGGUGGUACCCAGAGCCCAAGGUGCUAUGGAGAGAUCCCAGUGGGCAAGAAUUACCAUCACUGUCUGAAGCAAAAUCCCUAGGGGAUAGUGGCCUGUUUGAAACAGAAAAUUCUAUUAUUGUAAAAGAACGUUCAAACCAGAACCUGUCCUGUUGGAUCAGGAACACCUUUCUCAAUCAAGAAAAGGAAUCAACAGUUUAUAUAGCAGAUUUCUUUUUCCCAAGGGUGAAUCCAUGGAUGGUGGCUCUGAGUGUGAUUCUCCUGGUUUUGUUUGGUUUCAUUGGCCUCACUCUUUAUCUAUUUAAAAUAAAAGGGAAACAUCUUGGAGAAAUCAGGAAACAUCUUGGAGAAAUCAGGAAACGUGAUGCAGCAAUUGAUGAUCUUCAAAGAGAACUCGACUGGAGAAGAAAUGUCGUCUGCCCAGGGCUGGGAAGUUCUGCGCCACCUGUACAGGAAGCGAAUGUGACUCUGGAUCCAGACACGGCUCAUCCCCACCUCGUCCUGUCUGAGGAUUGGAAAAGUGUGAGAUGGGGUGACACACGGCUGGAUCUGCCUGACACCCCUGAGAGAUUUGACACUGAGCCCUGUGUGCUGGGCUGUGAGGGAUUCACCUCGGGGAGACAUUGCUGGGAGGUGGAGGUGGAAAUGGGAGCUGGGCAAUGCUGGGCUGUGGGGGUGGCCAGAGAGUCUGUGGGGAGGAAGGGAGGGAUCAGCCUCAGCCCUGAGGGGGGGAUCUGGGCUGUGGAGUGGGACUGGGAUCAUUUCCAGGCUCUCACCUCCCCUGAGACCCCCCUGCCCCUGAUCCGGGUCCCCAGCAGGAUCCGGGUUUGUCUGGACUGUGACCGGGGGCAGGUGACAUUUAUUGAUGCUGGUGACGAGGCCCCGAUCUUCACUUUCCCGCCAGGCUCCGUCCCUGGGGAGAGAAUCCGACCUUGGCUCUGGGUGUGGAAAUCCCAGCUCAGCCUGUGUCCCUGAGACAGGCAGCAGAGGCAGAAACCGAAAAUCAACCUCUCUAGCCUCAUGGACCCAAGUGUCUAUGACCUUGGAGGACUCCCGUCUACCCAGCCCCUGGCUCCUCAUCUCUAUGGCUGUUGGAAGCACCUCCCGCUCCCUCUCUGCAGCCUCAGGGAUGGGGGGAGGAGGGGGAAGAACCCCUGGGGCUACAGGAGGGGCCCUGAGGGGCAGAGGUUGGGGCUGGGCUGGGGGUGGCACUAACAGCUGGGCAGGGGACAGGCGGAGGUGGGGGUGGCAGGGACCCAGCAUUGAUCAAUCAGGGUUUGGGGAGAAGCAGCAGCAGCCUGGAGCGUUUUGUACAGAUCUGUGUCCUUAGAUCUCACUGGGGGCUCCCAGCCGGGGAUCAGCACGAGGGGAAGGGAUAAGAUCAGGGAAAGAAGAGAGCAGCCGAGGGGGAUGAUCUGUGACAGGGAGGAGAGACACAGGGAAAUAAAGACGGAUGGAAAGUGAGGCUAGAACAAUGAUGAAUAGAAAAGGACGGUAUGGAAGGAAAGGGAACGUGAGCAGGAUGGGGAAAUUUAUUACAUGUUACUGAAAGUUAGACUGUAACUCAUUAAUUCCCUAUAUUAAUUUCUGGCCAUUGGUGCUAUCUUAGUGCCAUAAAGAAAACUGUUCUCAGUAGCUGGGGAUCUCCUUGCCGUGCUGUAGUUAUUGAAGCUCCUUCUGAGCUCCUUUUAAUUUGCACCCUGGGCUGGCUCCAGGCACCAGCAAAGGAAGCAGGUGCCUGGGGCGGCCAAUAGAAAGGAGCGUCAGUGCGUCAGUUGUGGGGGCGGCACGUCCAGAUUGGCGGCAGCAGCACUUCAGCAGUGGCUCAAUCUUCAGUGUUUGGCGGCAAUUCAGCAGCGGGUCCUUCAUUCACUGUCUGCCUCUUCGGUGGCAGCUCAAUCGGGUUCUUCCUUUUAUCUUUUUCUUUUUUUUCACCACUUGGGUUAGCAAAAAAGCUGGAGCCGGCACUGAUUGCACCUCUAGGAAGAGAGUUUGGGUUUUACUGUGAUGUGCCACUAACCAGCCUGUGCUUGCAUCUGUCCUGUGCAUACCCAUGUCAAUCAGGAAUUGCUCAGCUGUUCUCUGCGGAGCGGUGAAUGGUUGCACAGGGGGCAAUCCGUGAAGGGACUCGGGUGUUGCAAUGCUGAGAAUCACAGUGAGUAACUUUUAGGCAGCGAGAAAAUCACAGGAACAGCGACAUUAUGACCCUCAGAGCUGAGUUGGGGUCUAAACUCCCUAGACAAUGCCAAUCUAUGGGUAACACAGGCACCGCAGUAGGCAGGGAGCCAUGUAAGCUGGCCAAUGGGAAAUGCCGACAAGGGGGGAAGUGGUGCCCUAAGCCACACCCCUCUCAUGGAUAGGUGCCUAAAUCUGGGCUGCAGAGGGGUGUGUGUCUUUGCUUAGCAACCCACAAACAGGAACCCACCGUCUGACGUCCGGGGCCUCCAGUCGUGGCAGCUGCAAGUGCCUGGUAGUGGUGGCAGCAGCUGGGAGCCCCAGGCCCUUUGAAAUUGCCCCAGCAGGCUGCAGGGCUCCUAGGUGCACAUGCUGGAUGGGUGCAGUGGCACAUUAGGGGAAGGAAAAGCCCCCGACCCUGGCAGGAGCUGCACUGAGCAGGGGUGAGGAGAAGCAGCCCUGGACACUGGCUGCUGGGUGGGGGCAGGGGAAGUCCCAGACCGUGACAAAGGCCAUUCAGGGUGGGUGGGAGAAACCCUGGACCACAGCAGGAGCCACACUGGAGGGGUGGGGGGGAGCAGCCCAUGACCCCAGCAGAAGAUGGGCUGAUGCCCCACCCCCAUGGAGCUGGCCUGAGCCCCUCCAUCUCCCGUGCCCCCUGCGUGGAGCCCAAACUACUCACCUUGGUAUCUCCGUUUCCCCCAUCAUCACACAGCCAUGAAGGGAUUCAGCCUAGGAGGCAGGUGGUAUCUAGGGCAUCCAGAGGUGAAGUGACUUUCCCAAUACUAAGCAGGGAGUCAGUGGCAGAGCAGAGAACCAAACCGAGGACACCUGAGCCCCAGGCCUGUGCUUGAACCACUAGGCCACCCUUCCUACCUGAGGAGGGGCAACCUCCUCUGCGGGCACUAGACAGAGCUCCCAGGGGGUGGGGAGCAGAGAGAGAUGAG